CCGACGGGCUCGCAACGCCCUCACCUGACUCCCUCCCUCCCUAUACCUCUCUCUCUACAAAGCUGCGGCGGGGCAUCCAAGGGCAGGAGCCAGGAGGGGAUAACGCAGCAUUGCAGCUGCUCCCUCAGCCAGGCCAGACCCUCCCCCUCCAUCGCAACCGCCUCGAAGCACCGGGGAGAGGCGGGGCGAGAGUUCUUGGUCGGGCUAGAUGGAGAGGGCGGACCAGAAGCGACGGCCGCUGACGGUGAUGGCAUCCUCAUCGUCGCAGGUAGCAGCGGCGCGGGGCAUGGGCAUGGGCAUGGCCAACCCACUGGCGGAGUGGACCGGCCGCGUCAGGUCGCUGGAGGCCGGCGUGCGGGCGUGGCUAGCGAAGCAGCCCACCCACGUGGAGGCCGCGGUGGUCACGGUGGCCGGGGCCGUGCAGGGCGCCGCGCUCGGCGGGCUCAUGGGCACGCUCGCGCCCGACGGCGGGGCCGCGCUCCCCGUGCCGCCGCCGCCGCCUGGGGCCGACCCUAAGGUCUUGGCCUCCUUCAAGCAAGCGCAGGCUUUAGCCGGUGGACCCCUGGUGCAAGCACGAAACUUUGCGGUCAUGACUGGUGCGAAUGCAGGCAUAUCUUGUGUUAUGAGAAGAAUAAGAGGAGUGGAGGAUGUCCAGGGCAGCAUGGCAGCAGCUUUUGGUUCCGGGGCUCUAUUCUCCAUCGUGAGUGGAAUGGGGACACCAAAUCCGGUAGCUAAUGCAAUUACAACUGGUGUUGCUUUUGCUGUAUUUCAAGGUGGUUUUUUUAUGAUCGGUCAAAAGUUUUCACAGCCAAAGAGUGAAGAUACAUACUAUUCUCGUGGAAGAAGCAUGCUGCAAAAGUUAGGCCUUCAGAACUAUGAGAAAAACUUCAAGAAGGGUCUCCUGACUGAUCAAACCUUGGGCCUCCUUACGGACAGUGCACUCAGAGAUGUGAAGAUCCCUCCUGGUCCCAGACUCCUCAUUCUUGAUCACAUUAAAAGAGAUCCAGAGCUGACAAGAGCAAAUUAAAUGAUCGGCACUGCCCGCCCCGCGGUGCCAGUUCUUCCCCCCCCCCCCCCCC